UACAUCAGCCCAGAGAGCCUUGGUGGUGAAGGCAACUGACGGACUGAGAGAAAGAGAGAGAGAAGGGCUCAGAUUGUAACAUCCAGCCGUCUUCACUUCCACUGGAAUAAUCUAAAACCACCUCUGAACAAAUGGUCCGGAAAGGAUAAGACAUCUUAGAAAUUGGAAGCCGAUCUCUGUGCAUGUGUUUGGGAUGAAACGCCUGUGGGACGUCCACUUCCUCCUGCUCAUCCUCCUCUACCUGUUGGGAGCCGUCACAUCACAGGUCAACCCAGGUGUGUGUCGGUAUCCUCUGGGCAUGUCAGGAGGACAGAUACAGGACGAGGACAUCUCUGCCUCCAGCCAGUGGUCCGAAUCUACUGCUGCUAGAUACGGCAGGUUGGACUUUGAGGAGGGCGAUGGCGCGUGGUGUCCAGAGAUCACAGUGGAGCCAGACAGCCUGAAGGAGUUCCUCCAGAUCGACCUGCGCUCGCUCCACUUCAUCACCCUGGUGGGCACCCAGGGGCGACACGCGGGAGGCAUCGGCAACGAGUUCGCCCAGAUGUACAAGAUCAAGUACAGCCGGGACGGAAGCCGCUGGAUCUCAUGGAGGAACAGACAGGGCAAGCAGGUGAUUGAAGGAAACAGGAACGCUUAUGACAUCGUGCUGAAGGACCUGGAGCCGCCGAUCAUCGCUCGCUUCGUCCGCUUCAUGCCCGUCACCGACCACUCCAUGAACGUCUGCAUGAGGGUGGAGCUCUACGGCUGUGAAUGGCUCGACGGCCUGGUGUCCUACAACGCUCCAGCAGGAGAACAGAUGAGUCUGUCGUCUCAGCCGGCCUAUCUCAACGACUCGGUCUACGACGGGGCGCUCAUACACAGUAUGACGGAGGGUUUGGGCCAGCUGACUGACGGUGUGUGUGGUCUGGAUGACUUCACACUCAGUCACGUCUACAACGUGUGGCCCGGCUACGACUACGUGGGCUGGACUAACGAGAGCUUCCCCUCUGGAUACGUGGAAAUCAUGUUUGAGUUUGACCGCAUACGCAACUUCACCACCAUGAAGGUCCACUGUAACAACAUGUACUCGCGGCGCGUCAAGGCCUUCCGCCAGGCGGUGUGUUUCUUCCGCUCUGAAGCGGACUGGGAGGCGUCGGCGCUCACCUUCAGCCCCGUGGAGGACAAGAAGAACCCCAGCGCUCGCUUCGUCACCGUCAACCUGGCCAACCACAUGGCCAGCGCCAUCAAGUGCCAGUUCUACUUCGCCGACGCCUGGAUGUUGUUCAGCGAGAUCACCUUCCAGUCAGAUACAGCCAUGUACAACACAACACUGACAACACCCAAGCCAGGCCAGACACCCAACACACAGCCAGAGGACGACCCCACCCACAAAGUAGACGACAGCAACACCCGCAUCCUGAUUGGCUGCCUGGUGGCCAUCAUCUUCAUCCUGGUGGUCAUCAUCGUCAUCAUCCUGUGGCGGCAGGUGUGGCAGAAGCUGCUGGAGAAGGCCUCUCGCCGGAUGCUGGACGAUGAACUAACUGCUAGUUUGUCAAUACAGAGUGAGACGUUGGCUUACAACCACAACCAGUCCAGCUCCACCAGCGAGCAGGAGUCCAACUCCACCUACGAGAGAAUCUUCCCCCUCGGCCCCGACUACCAGGAGCCCUCACGCAUCAUAUGUAAGCUGCCCGAGUUCGCUCCCAGCUCAGAGGAGCCUGCUUCUUCCAGCACGGCAGCUUCUAAAUCCACGGUGACUAGUGCGGUCCAGGAAGGCGCCCCUCACUACGCCGAGGCGGACAUCGUGAACCUGCAGGGCGUGACGGGGAGCAACACGUACGCCAUCCCCGCUCUGACCAUGGACCUGCUGUCAGGGAAGGACGUCGCAGUGGAGGAGUUCCCCCGAAAGCUGCUCACGUUUAAAGAAAAGCUGGGAGAGGGCCAGUUCGGAGAGGUUCACCUGUGUGAAGCAGAAGGAAUGCAGGAGUUCAUGAAUAAAGAGUUUUUAUUUGACAUCCCUGAGGACCAGCCAGUUUUAGUGGCUGUGAAGAUGCUCCGAUCAGAUGCCAACAAAAAUGCAAGGAACGACUUCCUGAAAGAGAUAAAGAUCAUGUCACGUUUGAAGGACCCGAACAUCAUCCGCCUGCUGGCUGUUUGCAUCUACAGCGACCCGCUCUGUAUGAUCACAGAGUACAUGGAGAACGGAGACCUCAACCAGUUCCUGUCCCGCCACGAACCAGAGGGACAGCUGGCUCUGCUCAGCAACGCACCUACUGUCAGCUUCACCAACCUGUGCUACAUGGCCGCUCAGAUAGCAUCAGGGAUGAAGUAUCUUUCCUCUCUGAACUUUGUUCAUCGAGACUUGGCCACGCGGAACUGCCUGGUGGGUAAAAACUACACGAUAAAGAUAGCCGACUUCGGCAUGAGCAGGAACCUGUACAGCGGUGAUUACUACCGUAUCCAGGGCCGAGCGGUGCUGCCUAUACGCUGGAUGUCCUGGGAGAGCAUCCUGCUGGGUAAGUUCACCACAGCGAGUGAUGUGUGGGCCUUCGGGGUGACGCUGUGGGAGAUCCUGAACUUCUGUAAGGAGCAGCCCUACUCCCAGCUCACUGACGAGCAGGUGAUAGAAAACACAGGGGAGUUCUUCAGGGACCAGAAAAGACAGAUCUACCUGCCUCAGCCUGUGCUGUGUCCAGACUCGCUCUACAAGAUCAUGCUGAGCUGCUGGAGGAGGAACACCAAGGAACGGCCCUCCUUCCAGGAAAUACACCGAGCCCUCCUGGAUAUACAGCCCUAAGCCUAAAGGGGCUAAAGUUUAUAAGACAGUGAUUUCCAGACUGCUCGUCUCUGAGAGAAAUGGCCAAAGACAAGAGUGAGACCACGAUUCAGACACGAUCCAGGUUCAAGCGUUCUCGUUUCAGUCCAGAAACAGGAGAACGACACCUGCAGCUCCAAGAAACACUGUGUCACGGCCUCACAGAGACGGACUAGCAGAGACUUUUCUUGUGUGCCACUUUGAGUUUAAUUGGCACAAUCACGUUGGCUAAGAUGUUUAAUAGACAUACAGGUAUUCUGUUUUAAAUUCUGUUUUAUUAUGCACCAAACGUGAUUAAAGUUUGGUCGUGAAGCCAAAAUUAAAUGUAGCAAGUGACAUUCGGCACUUUUGAAAAAAUGUCUUUUAAUUUCUCUCUUUUUAAUAUGAGUUCAAAUUUGUGUUUGGUAUCAAUUUUAUGCAACUUUCUUGUGUUUUUCUUCUGGAAGACUGCUUGAAUGUAGAGGGGAAAGUGCAGCCAACCACGACUUUUACAUUUCAUCAUAUUUCAAGUGUUUCAUCUCAGUUUCUCCCACCAACUCCACCACACAUUUAGAACAACUCAGAAAAAUAUCUCCCUGCAGUUUUUCCUUCUGUGAUUUGAACAUGAAGUGUAUAUGACUGUGUAUUUUCAAUAGAUAAGUCUAAAUCUCAAAUAGCAAUAUUUUGUAUUAAUAUUUAUAUGUUCAUAUGUUUUUGAUUUGUUCUGUUGUUGUUUUUUAUUUGAUACAUUUGUGGAUUAAUAUUGGCUUUAAGUUGUUUGGUGUAUUAUAUUUGAUGUGAUUCAGUAGCUUUGCCAAAACUAUCAGAUGUUGCAACAUGUUGCUUAUUGGGAAUACAGGCGUUUUGUUUCUAUGUUGGUUCAACAGAAUGUGUUUACAGUCGGGAAGAGGUGAAGUGUUGUUGGUGUCGCACAACUUAAAGGGAUAGUUCACAUUUAUUCAAGUGUGGUUGUAUGAGGCUCUUAUUUAUAGUACAGUAUAUCCUUUGCUAUCAGUUUAAAGGUCCAUUCUGACCUCCUGAGUGUGUAACAGUCAGCUUCAAGUCAGAGACUCCUUGGAAAGUAACAACUUGAUACUUUGGGAUUUGUCAGAAAAGACACAAAGUUACCCAAAAAAGAAUCAAGUUGACCACAAAAUGAUCAAAAGAAGACACAAAAUGAC